CAGUUGAAACGUCUAGGAAGAGACGAACAAUGGAGACAAAACGCAGAGAUUGGCUCUUAAAGUCUGGAGGGAAGUUGCCGACCUCUCCUACUUCUGCGUCCAAGGGCUUCAGCUCGACUCCGAUUAAGUGCAGCAGGGGAGAAGAAAACCUCCACAUAUCCAAUGGCAUGGACGACGGCGUCCUAUCCGAGGACGACGACACUUUCUCCCUGCUUUCCCCCAUCUACCACGAGAGUUUUGACAGUGAUGAAGACUCCGAGCCCAGUCCAGCUCAGCAGACUUCACCACACAGGCAAAGGAGCACUUCAGCACUCAGCGUUUCACCAGUCAGAUGUGAGCUACCAAGAACACAUUCAGACCAGAUGUUGAGUGCAGCUGUGAAGCCUGCUGCCUCACCUACUCUCAGUGCAUGGGAAAUGUGGCUGGUGAACAAAGCCAAAGAGGACCGCCUCAAACUGGAAAGGAAGUCAGAGGAGGAGCGCUUACUCAAGGAAAAAAAAGAACAAGAAGAAACAGAGAAGGAACACAAGAGGAAGGUCAUGGAUGAAAAGAUCCAUGAAUGGCUAAAGACAAAAAGACAACAGGAGAAGCAGGAGCAACUUCUAAAACUGAGCAAAGAGGAGGUGGAGAUGCAGAGGAAACAGGAAAAACAAACAGAGAUUGAACAAAAAGCUCAGCAAAAAUACAAAGACUGGCUGCAGAAGAAGAACCAAGAAAAAGUAGAAAAAGAAAAGAAAGACAAAGAGGAAGCAACCCUUAAGGCGGAGCAGGAGAGAGAGCGCCGCAAGAGGGCAGAGGAGAUGUUUAAAGAUUGGCUGGCAAAAGCCAAUGAAAAAAGCAGAGCAAGUCCCAAAUCACCUUGUUACCCAAAGAGUCCCUAUGACAAAUCCUGUCCACCACCCAGCUUCUACAACCCAAUCCCAUGGAAACCGAUUCCCGUCCCUCCUCCAGAAACAUCACAGAAUAAGACAACUGACAAGAAACCUCAAAAACAGAGAAAACAUCAACAAAGCUCCAGCAAUGCUUUUAGACUCAGAAACACUGUGAGUACAGCGCAGCCGCUGCAGAGGAGAUGACACAAGAGAGCCGACUUGUACGAGCAUGAUACUGUAGCUUAGUAACGGCUCAAAUGUGAAUCCAUCCUGACUCAUCUACACCACCACAUCCCCUGAACUGCUGAAUCACAGGAACAUUAAUUGCUAGAUUUGGUUUGUACAUUGGAGCAAUGAUGUAAGGAAUAGCUCAGUUUAGAUGUCUGAAUGUUCAGGUUAACAUGAUUGAUGUGUUUCUAAUUGGUUCUGAUCAUCUUGUUUCAAUGUCAUAAAUGCGUGUAGCAUAGAUUUUGUCAUGGCUGCAUAUCUAGCCAUGGGUCCUUUAUUUUGUAUAUUGUAAAUUAAAUCAUUAUUAUUGUGAUAAAUAUAGUAUAAUGUGUUCUUUUUUUUGCUCUUAUCUAUGUCUUAUCUGUCACUUGAGCAAGUGGUGGACAAGACCACAAUAUAAGGCACAGCCACACAACACAAAGGAGGUGGUUGGUGGUCACAGCCAAAGAUAGACCCGGCUUGGUCAAGUGCUCC